GCAAGAUAGUGAUUGAUGCUUUUAGGCUUAUCAAUCCACAAACUAUGGUGAUGCGUCAGGAACCAUGGCAAGCAACAUCUAACCUCAGUCAUCCUAAUAAGCCAUCCACACAAGCUUUGCUCCAUGGCUUGAACCGACAUUAUUAUUCCACAGUAAUCAAUUACAGGAAAAAUGGGCUUGAAGAUAGGAGGUUGCUAAUUCUUUAUAAUAAGAAAUGGACUGAUGGUUGGACGCUCAGGCGUUCUGGUUCACAUUCUAAAACUAAUGAACAGGAGAUGGUGAAUUUAGCCAUCAAGUACAACAAGGCAGUGCAAGAAGAGGAUGAACUUUCGCCGGAAAAGCUUGCAAAUUGCAAUUGCUGAUGUGAGCAGGCAAGAUGACAAGAAGCACCUUAAGGAGCACGUUUCCAAUUUGAUGUC